AUAUCAUUAUGGGGGGAGGCGGGGUGCGGGGCUGGCUCGUCCGUGUGCGGUUGUGUGGGGCGGCCUGGGGCGGCCCCGGAGCGGCUGACCCUCUGCCUACAGGGACCGGAGUUGCGAGGCGGCUGCCAUGGCGGGGUCGGAGAGCCAGCUCAAGAAAAUGGUGUCCAAGUACAAGUACAGAGACAUAACUGUACGUGAAACUGUUAACGUUAUUAGUUUACACAAAGAUCUCAAACCUGUAUUGGAUUCAUAUGUUUUUAAUGAUGGCAGUUCCAGGUAACUAAUGAACCUUACUGGAACAAUUCCUGUGCCUUAUAGAGGUAAUACAUACAAUAUUCCAAUCUGCCUGUGGCUGCUGGACACAUAUCCGUAUAAUCCCCCUAUAUGUUUCGUUAAGCCUACUAGCUCAAUGACUAUUAAAACAGCAAAGCAUGUGGAUGCUAAUGGGAAGAUAUAUCUUCCUUAUCUACAUGAAUGGAAGCACCCACAGUCAGACUUGUUGGGGCUUAUUCAAGUUAUGAUUGUGGUGUUUGGAGAUGAACCUCCGGUCUUAUCUCGUCCUACUGUUUCAGCAUCCUAUCCACCAUACCAGGCAACAGGGCCACCAAAUACUUCCUACAUGCCAGGCAUACCAAGUGGGAUUUCUGCAUACCCAUCCAGGUACCCUCCCAAUCCCAGUGGUUACACAGGCUGUCCUUACCCACCUGGUGGUCAGUAUCCUGCCACAACAAGUUCCCAGUACCCUUCCCAGCCUCCUGUGACCACUGUUGGUCCCAGUAGGGAUGGCACAAUCAGCGAGGACACUAUCCAAGCCUAUCUCAUCUCAGCGGUCAGCGACAAACUGAGAUGGCGGAUGAAGGAGGAAAUGGGUCGUGCCCAGGCGGAACUCAAUGCCUUGAAACGAACAGAGGAAGACCUGAAAAAAGGUCACCAGAAACUCGAAGAGAUGGUUAACAGUUUAGAUCAAUAAGUAGCUGAGGUUGAUAAAAACAUAGAACUUUUGAGAAAGAAGGCUGAAGAACUCAGUUAUGCUCUGGAGAAAAUGGAAAAUCAGUCUGAAAACAAUGAUAUUGAUGAAGUUAUCAUUCCCACAGCCCCACUAUACAAACAGCUCCUAAAUCUGUAUGCAGAGGAAAAUGCUAUUGAAGACACUAUUUUUUACCUGGGAGAAGCCUUGACGCAGGGAGUAAUAGACUUAGAUGUCUUCCUAAAGCAUGUACGUCUUCUGUCCCGUAAACAGUUCCAGCUGAGGGCACUAAUGCAGAAAGCAAGAAAGACUGCUGGUCUCAGUGACUUCUACUGACUUCUCUGAUACCAGAUGGAGACUGAACUCUUCUAAAGUAUUCUUUGCUUCUCUUCCUUUCUCUUAUAUCAGUAGGUGCCCAAAAUAAGUUAUUGCAGUUUAUCAUU